AUGUCCGAUACCCAGUGUGAGCCCACGUGCCAGGCGGAGGUGUGGAGCAUCUUCACGGCUAUCCUGAAGAAGAGCGUGAGGAACCUGCAGGCCUGCACCGACACGGGCCUCAUCAACCUGGUCCUGGACCGCGUGGCCCACACUGACAGCAUGAUCGCAGACCUGAUGGUGGACAUGCUAAGAGUGCUGGCCAGCUACAGCAUCACAGUCAAGGAGCUGAAGUUGUUCUUCAGCAAACUGCAAGGAGAGAAAGGCCAAUGGCCUCCCCAUGCGGUGAAGCUGCUGUCUGUCCUGAGGAGCAUGGCCCACCGGAACGGACCUGACUCUUUCUUCAGCUUCCCAGGGAAGAGUGCUGCUGGUAUCGCUCUGCCCCCUAUAGCCAAAUGGCCGUACCAGAGUGGAUUCACCUUCCACACGUGGCUCCGCAUGGAUCCAAUCAACAACAUCAAUGUUGACAAGGAAAAGCCUUACCUGUACUGUUUUCGCACCAACAAAGGUCUGGGAUACUCUGCACACUUUGUGGGCUGCUGUUUGAUUGUGACCUCGUUAAAGUCCAAGGGGAAGGGAUUCCAGCACUAUGUGAAAUAUGACUUCAAACCACAGAAGUGGUACAUGGUGACCAUCGUUCACGUCUACAACCGCUGGAAGAACAGUGAGAUCAGCUGCUACGUCAAUGGAGAGCUCGCCUCCUACGGAGAUAUCACCUGGUUCGUCAACACCAGCGACACUUUCGACAAGUGUUUCCUGGGUUCGUCAGAGACGGCGGACGCCAACCGCGUGUUCUGUGGUCAGAUGGGGGCGGUGUAUCUGUUCGGCGAGGCCCUCAGUGCAGCCCAGAUCCUGGCCAUCUACCAGCUGGGGCCUGGUUACAAGGGCACGUUCAAGUACAAGGCUGAGAGUGACCUCCUGUUUGCUGAGCACCACAAGACCCUACUGUACGACGGCAAGCUGUCCUCCUGCAUCUCCUUCUCCUACAACCCCCGCGCCACCGACGCUCAGCUGUGCCUGGAGUCCUCCCCCAAGGACAACGCCUCCAUCUUCGUCCACUCGCCACACGCACUCAUGCUGCAGGAUGUGAAGGCUGUGGUGACCCACUCGGUCCAGAGUGCCAUCCACUCCAUCGGGGGAGUGCAGGUCCUCUUCCCCCUGUUUGCACAGCUGGAUCACCUCCAGCACACCAGCGAUGAACUGGACACCUCUCUCUGUUGCACUUUGCUGUCCUUUGUGAUGGAGCUGCUGAAGAACUCUGUGGCUAUGCAAGAGCAGGUCCUGGCCUGCAAGGGCUUUCUGGUCAUCGGUUACACCCUGGAGAAGUCUUCCAAGGUGCAUGUGACUCGGUCCGUGCUGGACAUCGUGCUGGCCUUCGCCCGUUACCUCAGCAACCUGCAGAAUGGCGUCCUGCUGCUCAAGCAGCUGUGUGACCACAUCCUGUUCAACCCUGCCAUCUGGAUCCAUGCCCCUGCCAAGGUGCAGUUGGUGUUGUACACCUACCUGUCAACCGAGUUCAUCAGCACGGUGACCAUCUACAACGCCAUCCGCAGGGUGGGCACGGUACUGCAGGUCAUGCAUACGCUCAAGUACUACUACUGGGUCGUCAACCCCCAGGACCGCAGCGGCGUCACGCCCAAGGGCCUCGACGGUCUGAGACCCAAUCAGAAGGAGAUCCACUCUCUCAGAGCUUUUCUGCUGCUGUUUGUGAAACAACUCAUAAUGAAGGAUUACGGAGUGAAGGAAGACGAGCUUCAGAGUAUUCUCAACUACCUGCUCACCAUGCAUGAGGACGACAAUCUAAUGGAUGUGCUUCAGCUGCUGGUGGCUCUGAUGUCGGAGCAUCACGGCUCCAUGGUGCAGGCCUUUGAUCAGCGCAACGGAGUACGGGUCAUUUACAAGCUGCUGGCUUCCAACAGUGAAGGAAUCAGAGUUCAGGCUCUCAAAGUCUUGGGCUACUUCCUCAAACACUUGCCCGCUAAGAGGAAGUCAGAGGUCAUGCUGGGUCACGGCCUCUUCUCCCUGCUCAACGAGCGACUGAUGCUCCACUCCAACCAGUUCAGCAGGACAACCUACAACGUGCUCUUCGAGAUCCUGACCGAGCAGAUCUGCACUCAAGUGAUCCAUAAACAGCAUCCGGAUCCCGACUCCAAUGUGAAGAUUGUCAACCCGCAGGUCCUGAAGGUGAUCGCUGCCCUGCUGAAGAACUCUCCCCUCUCCCCAGAGAGCAUGGAGGUGCGCAGGGUCUUCCUGUCAGACAUGAUCAAACUGUUCAAUAACAGCAAAGAUAACAGGAGGAGCCUGCUGCAGUGCUCGGUGUGGCAGGAUUGGAUGCUCUCUCUGUGCUUCAUCAACCCCAAGAGCAGCGAGGAGCAGAAGGUCACUGAGAUGGUGUACGCCAUCUUCCGCAUCCUGCUCUACCACGCCAUCAAGUACGAGUGGGGCGGCUGGCGCGUGUGGGUGGACACCCUGUCCAUCACCCACUCCAAGGUGACCUUUGAGCAGCACAAGGAGAACCUGGCCCGUAUGUUCCGUCAGUACCAGAGACUGGGCUCCGAGGGCGAUGCGGCUGGUAUCCGGACCAUUUCCGGGGCCAGCCGGGACUCUGAGAUUCUGGGCCAGCUCCGGACCAACAGGCAUCAGGGGGAGGAGACUGCCCCCUCCACCGUGAUCGAGCUCACCAUUGACUCAGAGGGGGUCCCCCAGAACCAGGAGUCCCCCAACACUACCCCUCCCUCAGCAACAUCAACAGCAUCUGCCUCCACCCCCAGCCCUCCAGAGAGAGAAGGAGAUAGAAGUCAGAGGGGUCAAGCACCCAUAACGGUGUCCAACAUGCUGGCCAGAGCUGAAGAAGAGGAUAAUGAGGAACUACAGCAGGUCCAGAAUCAGAUCUCUGAGGAUCAGAGAGGAGGUGCUGGUGACAGAGCUGAAGCUACUACACAGGAGACUGAAGCUAAACUUACUGAGGAUAAAGUCAGCAGUAAGACCGUUGAGGCCAUGACUGAGACUGAGACCGCCACAGACAAGACUGAUGAUGCUGCAGCAGCAUCUAGCACAACUGAAACAGACGAAGCGACCAAGCCAGAAACUGAUGACGCGAAGGUGGCUAAAACGGAAACAAGCGACGAUGGUAAAACAUCUGAUACCGACAAAGUAGUAAGACCUCAAACGGAUGGAGAGAAGGGGUCAGAAACGCACAGCUACAUAGCCGCCAACGUUCUUAUGUCUGAAGAUUCCCUGAAGGAACCCAAGGAACCGGAACUGGCAAAGCAACCGGAGGAACAGGUCUCUGCUGCCAUCUCAGCCUGCCAGAAGGGCAGCGUGGCGGAGGGGUCACCAGUCGGGGCAUCUCUCCAGUCAGUCAGUGACCAGGUCCGACCCAGCUCCACCGACGACAGCAUGGAGGAACCCUCUUUUGUCUCCGCCGCUGGUGGAGAGGAGGAAGAAAAGGAGGCAGAGGAGGUGAAGACAGAGGAGGUUGUAGUUGAGGAGGAGAAGAUGGAAGAGGUUAAAGCAGAGGAGAUCAAGACAGAGGAGGUUAAAACUGAAAAGAAGAAGGAAGAGGAGAGUGUUGCCGAGGUCACAAAGUCAGCAGUGGAAAGUCAAGAGACACCACCUGCUUCUGUACCUGAGGAGAGUCAGACACAACCCCCUAAAAUGGAGGAGAUUGACCUGGACCCGUCUGCACCAGGCACCGACCCCACCAGCACAGAGCCAGCACAGCAGCCUUUAGAGUCCACAACAUCGCCCCCUACAGCCCUGGAGGCCAUACUACCAGCAGCAGUAGGGGCCACUGUCUCUAAAUCUGACACCCCACAGGCUGUAGCACCAGCAGAGGCCCCCAGCACCAAGGCGGUCCAGCCAGAAGCCCCAGGGGCCACAGAGGCCCCCAGCACCAGGACUGAUACCUCUCCGAAGGUAGCCACUUCUAAUGCUGUGGAGGCAGGGAAAGACAGUGCAGCAGAGGGCCCUGGCUCUGCCACCAAGACCAAAGAGAUCCACAUUGCCAGGCUGGAUGUGUCCAGUGUGGCCUCAGACACAGAGAGACUGGAGCUAAAGGAGACCUCCACACCUGAAGUUCAUCAGGGCGACACGGCUGCAGCCGGUGCCUCAGGAGGCCAGGCCAGCGAGAGCAGCUCCUCCGCUCGCUCCACCAUGUUCCGUAUUCCAGAGUUCCGUUGGUCUCACAUGCACCAGCGCCUGCUCACAGACCUGCUCUUCUCCAUCGAGACUGACGUGCAGAUGUGGAGGAGUCACUCCACUAAGACGGUGAUGGACUUUGUGAACAGCAGUGAGAAUGUGGUCUUUGUCCACAACACAGUGCACCUCAUCUCUCAGGUGGUGGACAACCUCAUCAUGGCCUGUGGAGGCAUCCUGCCCCUGCUUUCUGCUGCCACAUCCUCCUCACAUGAUCUGGAGAACAUUGAGCCGUCCCAGGGUCUGUCGGUGGAGGCGUCGGUCACCUUCCUGCAGCGCCUCAUCAACCUGGUGGAUGUUCUGAUCUUCGCCUCCUCCCUCAACUUCACCGAGAUCGAGGCUGAGAAGAACAUGUCCUCUGGCGGUAUCCUCAGACAGAGCCUUCGCCUGGUGUGUGCCAUGGCUGUGAGGAACUGUCUGGAAUGUCAGCAGCACUCUCACUUCAAGCCCAGCCAGGACAGCGCCCGCGGCCAGCAAGCCGUGCACAGCCUCAUGGGGGCCGCCAAGAGCCCUGUUGAUGUUGUGACAGGAGGGAUGUCUCCCAUCAGAGACAUGGACCGUCUCCUACAGGAAAUGGACAUCAACCGCCUCAGAGCCGUGGUCUUCAGAGAUAUCGAGGACAGUAAGCAGGCUCAGUUCUUGGCCCUGGCCGUGGUUUACUUCAUCUCUGUUCUCAUGGUGUCCAAGUACCGAGACAUCCUGGAGCCCCAAAACGACAAGAAACUCCCCCAGCGCAGCCAGUCUGCCAGGAGUGCAGACAGUAAUGCCGUCUCUGGCGGUCCCGACCUGGAGAGCAGUGUCUCCCUCCGUCGCCGAGACUCUGGCAUCGGGGAUGACCAUAGCUCCGUGGCCCCCAGCGAGGCAGACUCCACCGCCCAGGGGCCCGACGCCGUGUCCGAAGCCCUGUCCACCCUCUCCUCAGAGGUCAGGGGUCACAGAGAGAACCCCACGGCGAACGCCAGGGGCGGGAAGAACGUGAAGGACAUCCUACGCAGCCUGGUCUCGGCGCCUGCUGAUGACAUCAUGGUGGACCCCAGCCUUCUGCCGCCGGCCUUCCUGGGAGCUGCUAUGGGAAACAACCCCAACCAGUUCAGAUCCUUUGACAGAAGCGUUCGGGUGGCGCCCAAGAAGGUGGGCGGGGCUCCGUCCCCAGGCUCCUCCACUCCUGUCCCAUCAGCCACCGUUGCUGUGGCGGCCGCCGGGACACCAGUCAACAACGUUGCCGUGGUUUCCACGGGCGAUGCCUCCCAGAGCACCACCGCUGAGGCUGCAGCCGGAUCAGCCAGCGCCAACCUGCCAUCUGUCCCCACGCUGUCCCCAAUGACCCGGGACACAGCCCCCAGUAUGAGUAUCUCAGAGAGGCUGGAGCAUGCUCUGGAGAAGGCUGCCCCCCUACUGAGAGAGAUCUUUGUGGACUUUGCCCCCUUCCUCUCUCGCACCCUGCUGGGUAGUCACGGACAGGAGCUCCUCAUCGAAGGCACCAGUCUGGUGUGUAUGAAGUCCAGCAGUUCGGUGGUAGAGCUGGUCAUGCUGCUCUGUUCUCAGGAGUGGCAGAACUCUAUCCAGAAGAACGCAGGCUUGGCCUUCAUCGAGCUGGUCAACGAGGGCAGGCUACUGAGCCACACCAUGAAGGACCACCUGGUGCGGGUGGCCAAUGAGGCUGAGUUCAUCCUGAGCCGACAGAGAGCCGAGGACAUCCACAAACACGCUGAGUUUGAGUCCCACUGUGCCCAGUACUCGGCUGAGAAGCGUGAUGAGGAGAAGAUGUGCGACCACCUGAUCCGAGCAGCCAAGUACCGCGACCACGUGACAGCCACCCAGCUCAUCCAGAAGAUAGUCAACAUCCUGACGGACAAACACGGUGCCUGGGGAAGCUCUGCCUUCAGCCGUCCUCGGGAGUUCUGGCGCCUCGACUACUGGGAGGACGACUUGAGGCGGCGCCGGCGCUUCGUCAGGAACCCCUUCGGAUCCACUCACUCAAAGGCCACGCUCAAAGCUGCAGCCGAACACGCUCCGGAGGAAGAUAUCCUCAAAGGCAAACAAUCCAUCAGAAGUCACGCGAUGGGAAAUCAGAACUCUGAGAGUGAGAUAUUGUUGGAUGGCGACGAUGACACUCUAUCAUCCUUGGAGGAGAAGGAAUUGGAGAACCUAACAGGCCCUGUAAACAUGAGCACUAGCGCUCAGCUGGUCGCCCCGGCGGUGGUGGUGAAAGGAACGCUGUCCAUCACCGCGUCUGAACUCUACUUCGAGGUGGAUGAAGAUGAGACCAGCUUUAAGACGAUCGAUCCAAAGAUCCUAACCUACACAGAGGGCCUCCAUGGUAAAUGGCUGUUCACAGAGAUCAGGGCUGUCUUCUCCAGACGUUACUUGCUACAGAACACUGCUCUGGAGAUUUUCAUGGCCAACAGAACUGCGGUCAUGUUCAACUUCCCAGAUGCAGGCACGGUCAAGAAGGUGGUCCAAUGCCUCCCUCGCGUGGGGGUGGGCACCAACUUUGGCCUCCCACAGACCAGGCGUAUCUCCCAGGCAAGUCCCAAACAGCUCUACAAGGCCUCCAACAUGACCCAGCGCUGGCAGCGCAGAGAGAUCUCCAACUUUGAGUACCUGAUCUUCCUCAACACCAUCUCUGGCCGUACGUACAACGACCUGAAUCAGUACCCCGUCUUCCCCUGGGUCAUCACGAACUACGACACUGAAGACCUGGACCUCACUCUGCCCAGCAACUACAGAGACCUGUCCAAGCCCAUUGGUGCCCUGAACCCCAAGAGGGCGGCGUUCUUCAACGACCGCUAUGAAUCCUGGGAGGACGACCAGGUGCCGAAGUUCCACUACGGAACCCAUUACUCCACCUCCUCCUUCACCCAGAUGUGGCUGCUGCGCAUCGAACCCUUCACCACCAUGUUCCUCAACUUCCAGGGAGGGAAGUUUGACCACGCUGACCGCACCUUCUCCUCCGUGUCCCGAGCCUGGAGGAACUGCCAGAGAGACACGUCCGACGUCAAGUUUAAUUUAGCCCAAUCCCCUCUAACCAUGGCUCCUCCUCUCCUCCUGUCUUCCCAGGCUCUGGAGAGUGAGUUUGUGUCGUGCCAGCUGCACCAGUGGAUCGACCUGAUCUUUGGCUACAAGCAGCAGGGUCCUGAGGCCACCAGGUCUCUCAACGUCUUCUACUACCUGACCUAUGAAGGGACCAUCAACCUCAGCUCCAUCACCGACCCCAUGCUCAGAGAGGCUGUGGAGGCACAGAUCAGGAGUUUCGGACAGACCCCAUGUCAGCUGCUCAUCGAGCCACACCCACCAAGGAGCUCCGCCAUGCAGGUGAGCCCGUUGAUGUUCACGGAGCAGAUGCAGCAGGAUGUGAUCAUGGUGUUGAAGUUCCCCAGCAACUCUCCCGUGGCCCACGUGGCCGCCAACACCCAGCCGGGCCUCGCCGCGCCCGCCAUCAUCACCGUCACCGCCAACCGCCUCUUCGCCGUCAACAAGUGGCACGGCCUGGCCGGUCAUCAAGGCUCCUCUGUGCAGGACCAGCAGUACCAACUGCCCGUGGAAAUAGACCCUCUGAUAGCCAGUAACGUGGGGACCCACCGUCGUCAGAUCACAGACCUGUUGGACCAGAGCAUUCACAUCCACUCUCAGUGUUUCAUCAUCACCGCAGACAACCGCUUCAUCCUGCUCUGUGGCUUCUGGGACAAGAGCUUCCGCGUCUAUUCCACUGACUCAGGGAAGCUGACCCAGAUAGUGUUUGGUCACCGUGAUGUGGUGACGUGUCUGGCCAGGUCUGAGUCGUACAUCGGAGGGGACUGCUACGUCCUGUCAGGCUCCAGAGACGCCACGUUACUGCUCUGGUACUGGAACGGAAAACACAGCAGCAUCGGAGAGAACCCAGGAACUGAGUUUGUGACGCCCAGAGCCAUCCUGACGGGUCAUGACUGUGAGGUGACCUGCGCCAGUGUGUGUGCCGAGCUGGGACUGGUCAUCAGUGGCUGCAGAGAGGGCCCGUGUCUGAUCCAUUCCAUGAAUGGGGACCUGCUGCGGACCCUGGAGGGCCCGGGGGGCUGCGUGGAACCCCGUCUCAUCCAGUCCUCUACAGAGGGCCACGCCGUGGUCUACUACAACAAGGGACACUUCUGCUUCUUCUCCAUCAACGGAAAGCUGCUGGGACACAUGGAGGUGGAGGAGAACAUCAGGGCCAUGCUGCUGAGUCGGGACGGACAGUACCUGCUGACGGGGGGAGACGGGGGAGUUCUGUCUGUCUGGCAGGUUCACAACCUCAAACAGAUGUUCACCUACCCUGGCUGUGACGCAGGCAUCCGCUCCAUGGCCAUGUCCAACGACCAAAGGUGCAUCAUAACCGGCAUGGCGUCUGGUAGUAUAGUCCUGUUCUACAACGACUUCAACAGGUGGCACCACGAGUACCAGACCAGAUACUGAGGCAGGACCACACAACAACAACAAUCCCUGAGAAUCUGGUUAACGUGGGACCUACCUACUGCAAUCCUGCCGUUCCAUGUCCUAAGGCACUACUCAAUACAUAUUGAUAUCCUGAAUGUAUCUUAAGAGAAGAAAAACUGUCUGAUUCUGUCGAAAGAAGCAAACUAUUUUUAAAAAAAGGGCAUUGCUAUAUUUUGUAGGGCAUAUCGAAAAUUUCUUAUAUCUUAGGGUGGGGUUAUAUACCUAUGGUUACAAAUCUAUUUUUAGCUUGUUAAGAGUCUAUUUUCAUCUCGAGCAGAGGAAAAUAAGGGUUCAAAGUGGAAGUAGGUAGAAAAGUAUAUUUGCAUCUAUUGUCUUAAGAAUCCAUAUAUUUGUGUACGUUAGGGGUGAGUGAAACUUGGAGAUAUAAUCAUUAUUAUCCUUUUUCUCAUGCUCUUUUUGCUACUGUGUGGAAACACAGGGAAAUAAAAUAUGUGAAGUUUGUGUGGUGAUCGAGCAGGAAGUUCAGUAAGUCCUUUAUGUGAUCAUGACUUGAGAGGGAAUAUAUUCUAUUUAAAUGUUUGUACCACACCUCUGUGUAAAUGGACAGAUCUUGCCUUCCUGUGCAUGAGUUAUUCCUCUGCUGUCCUCAUGGUGGCGUACACUGCACAAAGACUUGUCACCAGUUGUCAUAUGUGUAUCAGACAGUCAUCGUAGUAACAAGAUGGCUGCCGGUGGAGUGUUGUCAUGACGAUCAUUAGCUUUAUUAUGUAUGUACUGUAACCAUACUGAUGAAUAAUAUGUCUGUCAGUAGAAACAAAUGUCAUGGGCUACGUACUAAUUUUGUAAAAUGGCGUCAUCUAAUUUCCUUCAUAUUGCUUUCUUAUCACCUAUCCGAACUUUACAUGAAGGAGACGAGACGAGGAAAGGAAGCCAUUCCAAAUGGCCGACGUAGCCAUGAUGUGCUUCUUUGUAUAACUUCUUGUUAGCUUUACCUCCUCUACUGAGGCAUUUGCAGUACAUAAGCAUAUACUGUAUCAUAUUAGCGAUCGACACAGUGCCCAAACCAUGCUAGGAUCAUCAAAGUCCAUCAUCUUGGCAAAGAGAGGUGCAGCGAAAUGAGGGACUUGUCAGUCUGUCUGUGUGUCACGCUGAAUAUUCACUGGUUAAACCAGACCACAGACAACCCUGGUCAGCCAAAGGGUGUGCACUUUUUGGUUCAAGCCCAGCUUUAAAAUACCCGAUUCUACCUAAUUAUGGGCCGUCAGGUCAAAACUGAAUUGAAUCAGGUGUUUUGGUGCAGGGUUGGAACACCCGAUGUGGUUCCUCCAAUACAACGGUUGGAGAAACAUUCCGUGUUGGUUUGAUCUACGCUUGGUGUGGUUUAGAUUACAAUGAAAUGGCUACUACUGUAUUUUCUAUGUAUCGCUCAAUAUUUUGGCAAUCAAUUUGGAAUGAGUGUUUUUGAUGAGUUCUGACAAAUAAAAUUGAAUUUUUUAACUUGA